AUGGCGAAUGAUAUUUUACUGGGAAUAAUUAAGCAAUGCGCACAAUGCAAUGAUACGCACUAUCAAGAUAAUAAAGAAUUAUUUGAUAAAUUGGAUUCUCAGCUACAAGUUUAUGAUUGUACUGGUAGUUGUCCACUACGUCCCCCUCAUAAUAUUCCAGAUAAUAAUGAUGUUAAAAAAAUAUAUUUAUUUCUGUAUAAUAAUAUAUACGAUAUAAGUACAUAUAAUGAGAACCAUUGCACUUGCUUAAAUGUGUGGUUAAAAAAAAAACAAGCAGAAUACAGAAAAAAUCCUUUGACAAACAAUUAUAUGCACCUAUGGAAUGAUCUUAUGAAUAAAUUAUUCAAGGAAUUGCAUGAAGGAAGUGAUAACUGUUUUGAUGUUGAAUGUUGCAAUUGGAAUCCAAAUACAUCUGAAUUAAUAUUUUCAUCAGAAGAACCAAGUCACUCAAUCGAAGCAUCAAGUUUUGUUUCAAAUGAUUUAUUACAGAAAAAUGCUCCUUCUUCAUUUACAUCAUCAAUAAAAUAUAUUUUCUCUGUUUGUAUUACAAUGUUAAUAUCAACAAUUUUUAUAUUUUUCCUUCUAUAUAAUUCAAGCAGGAUAAAAGCAUUUUUAUGCAAUAAUAGUAUAUUAAAGUUUUUAAUAAAGAAAUACAUGAAAAAGAAUAAUUCAUAUACAAAUUAUGAGAAUUAUUCACUAGAUUCAACAACCAAUAGAAUAAACAUACUGUUCCUGUCCAACAAUAAUUUUUAA